AGCGGCGUUUCCGGCCCGGGCUCUCGGGCGGCGAUGGCAGAGGCCUCCCCGUCGUGCUCGGCUGCGGUGGGCGGCGAUGGCGGCUGCUCGUCCUCCUCCUCCUCCCCGGCCUGCCCAUCGCCGCCGCAGCCGCCUCCUGCUGGGGCCUUGGAGGGCGGCGAGCGCGGCUGGAGCGAGGCCCAGUUCCGGCGCUACAGCUUCGCGACGCGGCCCAUCCCCCGCCUGCGCCACGGAGACCCGCGCGCCGAGCAGCUGCUGGAGAGCGAGGAGCCAGUGGUGCUGACAGAUACAAAUCUGGUAUUUCCUGCCCUGAAAUGGGAUCUGGACUACCUCCAGGAGAACAUUGGCAGAGGAGAUUUCUCAGUCUACAGAGCCAGUACCCACAAGUUCUUAUAUUACGAUGAGAAAAAGAUGGCCAAUUUUAAGAACUUCAAGCCUAAGUCAAGUAGGGAAGAGAUGAAAUUCAGUGAAUUUGUUGAGCAGCUCCAGGAAAUCCAGCAGCAGGGGAGCAGCGAACGGUUGUAUCUGCAACAGACGCUCAACGACACAGUUGGGAGGAAAAUUGUAGUGGAUUUCUUGGGCUUUAAUUGGAAUUGGAUAAACAGGCAACAGGCAAAGCGAGGCUGGGGUCAGCUGACAUCCAACUUGCUUCUGAUUGGCAUGGAAGGGAAUGUGACUCCAGCUCACUAUGAUGAACAGCAGAACUUCUUUGCUCAGGUUCAGGGUUACAAGCGGUGCAUCCUCUUUCCGCCUGACCAGUUUGAGUGCCUCUAUCCCUAUCCUGUGCAUCACCCCUGUGACAGGCAGAGCCAGGUUGACUUCGAUCAUCCUGACUAUGAGAAAUUUCCCAAUUUCCAGAAUGUCGUAGGCUAUGAGACAGUUGUGGGCCCCGGCGAUGUGCUGUACAUCCCCAUGUACUGGUGGCAUCACAUUGAGUCUUUGCUGAAUGGAGGAACUACCAUAACUGUGAAUUUUUGGUACAAGGGUGCCCCGACCCCCAGAAGGAUUGAGUAUCCCCUCAAGGCUCACCAGAAAGUGGCGAUCAUGAGGAACAUUGAGAAGAUGCUGGGCGAGGCCCUUGGGAGCCCUCAAGAGGUGGGCCCCCUGCUAAACAUGAUGAUUAAGGGGCGAUAUGACUAGUCCUUGGCCACGGCACUGAUGGAUGUUGGAGCUGCUUCAUGGACAUUUUGUGGAAAAUCUGAGCGCUAUUAUUGCACACGGCACUUAAAAGACUACCUGACCUGACCUGACUCUGCCACAUCCACGUCAGUACAGGGAAAAACCAGCACCGAAAAACCAUAGCACACUCCCUUGGGGGGCUUCAGUGGGCCUCCCAGAAGCAAUCCUGACUGUCAGUAACUCUGUGUUCCCUUCCUGCCAGAUUUUCAGAGCUUGGCUCCUGGUGCUUGACUAAUUUUGAAAGCAGUAUGAGAUAGACUGGGAAGGGAGCAAAGGUCAGACUACCCUUCUCGGGCUCUGGAAUUUAUGCCACUGUUUGAGAACAUCCUGUUCCCUUAGGGUCCCAGCUUGGAACCAAAAACCUGUCAACGUGUCCUGUCCUGGCUAUUUCAUCCUCUGAUGUCGACUGCUUUCUUAUCUUUGGGUGGUAGAAACAACCAGAUGACACUAUCAGUGUGUGAGAAGCAUCUGGACACGGCAUUUCCUUCCACACGUCAGCAUUAGAAAUCCUCCUGGAAAGCUACCAUCUUCCAGUUGUUUCUUCCCUCCAAUUUUGCCUUUCUGUUUUUGACUGAAGUGAGUUUCAAACUGAUGGUGCACCCACUGUGUGGAGUUAACCUUGGAAGCUGUCUUUGCAGAGUCUUGCUUCUGGCUCUCAGAAGGCUGGGUCUCCAUGUUCUGGACCUGGGAGGUCUUUCCUUCAAGCAAGCAUGGGAUUGCGACUGUGUUUCUGCAAGGAAACUGCCUUCCUUUCAGUCUCGUGGCAGUUUUCAUUUGCCUUCUGUAUGUCAGCAAGGGAAGGAUCGGUUAGAGUGGAGAAAGGCCGGCCGUGGCCACUUGAUCACCUUCCAGCAGAGUUUGCUAGUGGCGGGGGGAUUCCUGCCUCGCUUCUGCCUGCUUCCCUAUCUGGAGGUGGAAUGGGCACGUGGCUGUCACAUCAAGGGUGUUGGGUGGUUUGUCUCCCAGUAGGCCAACCUGAAUUGCUGUGUCUUUGCCAUAGAGGCAUCUUCUGUGAAGUGGAGAGUUUUGAGGAGCCAUCCUUGGAGAACUUUUUUCUCCCACUGGCUGUGGUCUCUUGUACUGGGGCAAACGGUUCUAUGCAUUGCGCAUGCAGUAGCCAAAGAACUACUGAAGAAAGCUGGGGUGUCGUUUCAGAUUCUGCUUGAUCCAGAGGAGCGUCUUGGAAUGUGAACCCAAGAGCCACAGAGACUUGUCGCAGGCCGCCUGCCCACUGAGUCAGCCCUGCAGUCUGCAAGGAGGCCCUCAGUGGUCUGCAUCCUGGCCUUGGGCAGGGAAAAGGGUGGGGGGAGCUUCUGAAGAACGAAGCUUGGGUUGAAAGCAGAAGUGUGCUGCCCGGCUGUUGGGCUCCUCACGGAGGCCUGCCUGGAAAGGGCCAGGAGCCACUCCAGAAGGAAGAGGACAGAACUCGUGGGCAACCUUCAGAUUUCUUUGCUUUCUUUUUGCCAAAGGUGUAACUUGAAUGUUUCUAAAGAGGUUUUUUUUUUAAAUUAUUGUUUUGUUGCACUUGAUUGGCUGAAAUGAGAGCUGUGUUUUGAUGCACUGAUGGACUGAUUUACGUACUGUCUGUUUUUUUGUCUCUGCCUGUUUGUUUUCUCCUGGUGCUUUUGAUGCCUUGUUGUGGUGUUGAGGGAAGCUGUGUGUGUUUACUCCGUGAUAAGAAUUUGUGUGAGGGUGCAGGAUCUCUGGAACUCCAGCUCUUGAAAUACAGCCACUGUUGAACAACA